UACCGCGACAAGUAUCGUGUCGCCGUCGAAUUACUCAACGAAACGCGCGCCGAGCUCGACGAGUUCCAGGUCUCUUCACGCGAGCUAGAGCAAGAACUAGAGCAAGAGUUGGAGGCGACAGAGGCAAAGCAUGCAGACCUCCAGGAACGCAUUACACGUCUCGAGGCCGACAAGGAAGAGUGGAAGAACAAGUUCAUUGCUCUCCAAAAGCAGCACUCUUCAACUGUCAGCGCCAUGCAGCUCGAGAUGGACAAUUUGCGCUCGGAGCGUGACAACACCCUCAUUGCCAUCCGCGAUUUAGAAAUGGGCAACGACGAGCUGGAAAGCAAGCACCGCGUGACUCACUCGUCCCUGCUCGACAUGGAGAUCAAGUAUAACCGCACGAUCGAGGAGAAGACCUUACUCGAGCAGGAAGUCAUUGCCAAGCAGGAGCUCGACGAGGAGUGCCAGCGUCUCAAGGACGAUGUUCGCGAUGCCAAUAAUGAAAUCGCCAUCCUUCGCGACCGCCUGGCCAAAGCA